AUGAGCGACUACUCGUUUUCUAGCGAGGGAGCAUCUAGCGACGACGACCGCGAUAGCUAUGCUAGUGAGAUAUCAGCGUUCAAUUCCGGUGAAUCUGAACCUGAACACGAAAGUGAACACGAACCCGAACCGCAGGACGUACCCAUUUCAGCAACCACACGUUCAUCUCGAAGGAGGUCCGCGCGAAUAAGUGCAGAGCCUCAGUUGACUAGAGCACCAAAAAUUGUUGUGAUCGACGACAGUGAUGCAUCAGAUUUUGAAGAAGAAGAGCAAACUGAACGUUAUAGCCGAGCUCAACGCCAGAAGCCUCGGAAAGUACACCGAGUCAAACGCACGCUACCACUAGCAUUAAUACCUGAGGAUGUUCCAUGGAAGAAGCCGAACACACAGCUUCUACCUGAUCCUGAGACAGUUGAAAAUGCACCAAGUGUUGCAUUCAUUAUAAUUUUCAUCAAUACCUUCACUGAGCUGUUCAGUGAUCUUCCACCUUAUGGCCCGCAGGAUAUUGAGCGCGGCGUGAAGGAGUGUACACCUGCCAUCGAGCAGCUUUUCCUUCGCCUGCUUGGAUUGGUACUUAACCGUAAAAAGGAAAUUGAACGUGGCCGCUAUUCGUCAGCUUUGUCUGAGCUCCACGCGCUUUUACCGCUACUAGGAGUUGGUCUCCAGUUUCCCCUGAUUGACUGGAAAUCCAAAACGGCAUUUGAGGAUCUGGUUUGGGAAGAUCGGUUAGAGCUCCUUCAUGUGCUCAUUCAUUGGUCUUUGGCUAACUCAGAACGCGUGAGGUUGCAACUUUCUUCUUUGGACGACUCUUCUACGAUGCCGUGGAUUGGGAUGGACAACGACAAUUGCCGGUAUUAUCUUGUACGUGGUGAAAGUCUCGAAGAGAAUAGAGAUACAGAAUUCCGCGUUUACAAAGAAACUAAUAGAUUGUUGAGCUUCGUUUCUUGGCGCGCAGUCGCAGCCACCCCUCAAGAGGUAUCGAAACUAGCACAGGAGCUACAACCGCAAGGAAAAUCAGCGGCAAAGCUUGGAAGGCAACUAGCAGAUAUGGUUUCAGAGCUUGAAGAAUCGGAAGAUCGUCGAUUUAAAGAGGCACGACGUCAGAGGAGGCGCCAGGAUAUCGAGCAUCAAACAAUGCAGGUGUUGCAGGGUGAAGGGCGCUAUUCUGGUCGCACGAGAGGAAGACGUGUGGACUACUCCCAGCUUUCUUAUGACCGGGAAUUGGAUGCCGCCAUGCGUCGAUCUUCUCGUCGAUCAGGUAGGGUUGACGGUAGCGAAGAAUGGUCCGAGACAGCUGGUUCCAGUGGUCCAACUGGGGACCGUCAAUCUCGACGACUUAGAGGGGAGGUCACGAUGGAUAUUGAGCAGGUUGAAAAAGAACUCGAAGCGGCAGAAGCCCGUGGACGCAAGCGGGGCCGAGAGCAAGCUGAAAAAGAGCGGCUAGAACAAGAACGUCUGGAAGAACUUGAAAAAGAGCGACUUGAAAAGGAAAGUCUUGUAAAGGAGAGGAUUGAAAAGGAAAGGCUUGAAAAGGAAAGGCUUGAAAAGGAACGGCUUGAAAAGGAAAGGCUUGAAAAGGAACGGCUUGAAAAGGAACGACUUGAAAAGGAACGAGCCACUAAUUACCCUGAGCCUCAAGUCGUAUCGCAAGUGCCACAAACGCUGGUACCAAGUGUAUAUAGCGCACAGACCGAGGUGCCCGCUACUGUUGCUAAAGCCGAACCCAGUGGUGGCAUCAGUUCCAAUAACACAAACAUUUUUGGGAGAGUGCAGACUACUGGCUAUCAAAAUAUCGAUCAGCAGUCUCAUAUGAGCCACUCAAUUGCGAAUGUAGCACCAGGAUCCUCAAGACCGAGCUAUCCAGCAUUGGCACAUGCCUCCACUGCGAAUAAGCAGAUCCCUCAGCUUGCUUCUCAAGCCCGGACGCACAACACCGGACAAAAUUCUCCACCUGUGAAUUCUUUUGCUCAGCAUUUGCCCGUCCAAAUCAUGAAUUUAACGCCACCAUCUACAUCUGCGGGCCCGCCAGUUCAGUCAGAGCGGCAAGACCCAAGAAAUGAGUACAUGAUGCGACCGCAAUGGCCCCCUGCAGUGCAAUCAUUUAAUGUUCCAUCACGGCCGUCAAAUCAGGCUCUCCCUGGGCUAAAUCAGCUUAGCACUAUGGGGCGUACCAUUCAGAUGCCCCCACAUGUGCCGACAAGCAGCCAUCCCCCAAUAAAUCAGGGUGCUGCCCCGCAAUUGGUAAACUUGCCAGCCAGCCAGUCUUUGAUGGCCCAGCAGCAAUUUCAAUACUAUCCUGGUAUGCAAAUGCAAGCCCAGAUGCAAUACCAACAACCUUACAACUCUCCUUCUGGAACCCCCAAUGGUGAGAAAAAACACGAAGGGAGUGGCCAAGAGCAAAGUUGA